AAAAUCAUACAAAAUCAACGCCAGGCUCCUAGAAACCCCUGAGAAAAAGCGCGCCAAACUGAAACACUAAACACAGCCCCCAACACAGAGCUCUACGCUACUCUACCGGAGGAGGAAUCCCGAAAAUGCCGGAGCUUCCGGAGGUGGAGGUGGCUCGGAGGGCCAUAGAGGACCACUGCAUCGGAAAGACCAUCAAAAGGUCGAUCGUAGCCAACGACUCCAAGGUCAUCGAGGGAGUCUCCGCCUCCGACUUUGAGGCUGCUCUCGUCGGGAAGACUAUUGUCGCUGCUUACCGUAAGGGCAAGAAUCUCUGGCUUCAACUUGACUCCCCUCCCUUCCCCUCCUUCCAAUUCGGGAUGGCCGGUGCUAUAUAUAUCAAGGGAGUCGCUGUGACGACAUACAAGAGGUCUGCUGUAAAGGACACUGAUGAGUGGCCAUCCAAAUAUUCCAAGGUCUUUAUACAACUAGAUGAUGGUCUGGAGUUUUCUUUCACUGACAAGAGGAGAUUUGCAAAAGUUCGAUUGCUGGAAGAUCCAACUUCUGCGCCUCCAAUAUCUGAGCUUGGACCUGAUGCUCUAUUGGAGCUUAAGUCAGUAGAUGAAUUUGUUGAAUCAUUGAGUAAGAAGAAAACCGCAAUCAAGGCUCUACUGCUUGAUCAGAGUUAUAUAUCAGGCAUUGGCAAUUGGGUUGCAGAUGAAGUUCUAUACCAAGCAAAAAUUCAUCCACUGCAAAUCGCAUCCAGUCUGUCAAGAGAAAGUUGUGCCACUUUACACAAGUGCAUCAAAGAGGUUGUUCAUUAUGCUGUUCAAGUUGAUGCAGACUCCAGUCGUUUUCCCCCUAAAUGGAUGUUUCAUUUUCGCUGGGGCAAAAAACCUGGCAAAGUUAAUGCAAUCGAACUUGGAGCUGAUAGUAGCCAAUAUCCUAGUAAUUGGAUUUUUCAUUCCCGUGAAAAGAAGCCUGGAAAGGCUUUUGUUGAUGGGAAGAAAAUUGAAUUUAUCACUGCUGGAGGCAGGACAACAGCCUUUGUACCAGAUUUGCAAAAGCUAAGUAGAAAUCAAGCAGCAAAUGCAGUGAGUAAACCGCAAAAGCAAAGUGGCAGGAAAAAAGGACAUAAGGAUGACAGUGACAAUGACGAUGUUGAUGAACCAGCAAGUGAUGAAGAUAAAAUUGCUGAAAGUGUCAAACCAAAGAAAGGAGCGAAAUCCCGAGGUCAAGGAAGGACAUUUCCGGCCAAAAGAAAAUCUAAAGAAAGUGAUGAUGAUGAUGAUAAUACUGAGGACAAUGAUGGAGAAGAUGAUGAGGAUCAGAAGAAGGUGACAAAUAAUAAACAACUCAAGGCAGAGAAGACAAACAAGAAAAAGGUUCCAACUGGUAAAAAUGGUAAGAAUGCGAAGAAGAAAGCAAAGUAGGUAGCACCUAGCCCUAGGCAAUUAAUAUAUGCUAAACACUAUGGCAGGCCGCCCAGUCAUGUUUUUGAAGAAUGGGAUGUGGGAUUUUUCUUUUAUUUUCUAACUACUGAUGGUAGAUUUUUGCGAUGAAACUGGGCAAAUGUAUUCCUUUACGGUUAUACGAAUGAAUUAUAUUAUGUAUUGUACGUAGUCUGAACUAAAAUUGGUAACUAGAAUGAAAUCUUCGUUUUUGUUUA